AUGCCAGUUUCAGACCCAAAACUAUAUUCAAGGAGUUGUUCAAUACAACAAUCCAUCGAAAGUUCCUUUCGAAGUGCACUAUCUACCUCAAAAGAUUUGGCCUUACAAUCAAUACCUACUGGUUCAAAUAGACAACCAAUGCAAUCAAUAGAAAAUGUAUUGCAAAAUGUAUCUUCAACCAUAAAAUUUUCAGACCCAAAACUACAUUCAAGGAGUUGUUCAGUACAACAAUCCAUCGAAAGUUCCUUUAGAAGUGCACCAUCUACCUCAAAAGAAUGUACGAGGACGAAAAGAAGAAUAUAUAAAGCCACAACUUUAGAAGACAAGAUCCUUCGUAAAACUGUUGCUGCGGCAAGAAUAAAGUUGAGCAAAUAUAAAAAUAUUAUUGAAAAACAAGCUGCAUCAAUUAAAGCUACAAAAAAUAUAUUAACAAACCAAAAAGUUCUUAAAGCCCUGGACAACCUGCCAAAUUCCGAGAACCAUAUAAAGCCUUCACAAAUAAAUAAAAUGAAAGUAAAAUAUGCGACUCAAAUUUUUAGUCAAACUAUAGCUGCAAAUAUGGGCUAUUUAUCAGAUAAAGGUGUAAUCCCGUCAGAGUGCAAGGAAACUGCUGAUUUGUUAUUAUUCUUUGAUAAUAUUUUUGAUUCAUUAAAUGGGAGUUUCGAGAAAAAACAUUUACAUGCGAAGCCUGCACUUGGACCG